AUGAUUUCAAAAUCAAAGGUGCUGGUUUUCCUGCUGUUUUUCACUGGUAUUGGUGUGUAUUUCAAAACGGGCUACCAAUUGACUCAUUAUGCUGUGGACCAAAAGCUGUGUGCUUGCAUAAAAUGUUUAUCAGAGGAUAAGCAGUUGCUUCUGGAUCGAUCGAAUAGAAGUGUUCAACCAUUUUUGACUGCAAACUUAAACCUCUCACAGAAUGAAUUCAACUGGUGGAAGGAUUUGCAGGCUGAAAGCCGUAGCUUCAGAGUUUAUGAAACAACAGUGGCCAACUUGUUUCAGAUCUUCCCAAAGAAUCCAGAUGUUAUACAACCCAAAUAUGACCACUGCAGGACUUGUGCUGUGGUGGGUAAUUCUGGUAAUUUAAGGAGAUCGCAUUAUGGACCGCUGAUAGAUUUACAUGAAGUUGUCAUAAGAAUGAACACUGGUAUUACCAGAGGCUUUGAAAAAGACGUUGGAAACAAGACAACUCAUCAUGUCAUGUAUCCAGAGAGUGCUGUGGAUUUGGAUGACAACACCCAUUUUGUACUGUUUCCCUUUAAGAUACAGGACUUUGAGUGGCUCAUUAAUGCCUCUACAACAGGGUUUACUGGAAGGUCAUAUAUGCCAGUGAAAUCAAAGAUCAAAACUAACAAGGAUUUGGUCAUGGUGGUAAAUCCAGCUUUUAUGAAAUAUGUACAUGAGGUUUGGCUUGGAAAUAAGGGACGUUAUCCAUCCACUGGCUUUAUGGCUUUGAUUCUUGCACUUCACAUUUGUGAUGAGGUUAAUGUGUUUGGUUAUGGCGCUGACAGUGAUGGAAACUGGAGUCACUACUGGGAAAUACUCACAAACAAAAGGUUAAGAACUGGAGUACAUCCUGGAAAUUAUGAGUAUAACAUCAUCCAGCAACUAGCUCAGCAACAAAAAAUUAAGUUCUAUGAAGGCCUAAUGAAAAAAAUGUGAUUGAAUGCCAUACACUCAGUAAGGAAAGAACUGAAAGCCAAAUGGAUGUGUAUCUACAACUAUAGUAAUUUCCUAACCCUCCUAACUGAAACUGAUAUUGGGAAUCUUUAGGAAGGACUAGUAAUCAUGAAAGGGGUUACGUUAAAGAAGUCUUUGGAUAUGUGACAUUUUGGUAGUUUCCCCCCUAAACCAUAGCUUAAAUUAACCAUGUAAAAAAUUUACCCAGGGGUUAUACUCUUUAGUAGUUUCUAACAUCUAUGGUUCUUAAGAAAUGAAGUAUUUUCUUACGAGUUGGCAGAAUUACAAGAAGACAGACAACAGCAUUAUUAUUCUUAGUUAAAGUAAGCUGGUUGCAUGAAAAGGAAAAUGGUGCAGUAAAGUAACUUAUAACAUAGAGGGUGUUUAAUUCAGUCAGCAAAUAUUUAGAUUUGUAGAAUUUUACAGGGUUGAUCUCCUUAAACUUGUGUUAUUGUUAUUAUGCAAGUGGAGAGCCGUCAUACUCUCAGAGUAGGAAGGACUCAAACACACAAACACAAACAGAGGC